AUGGAACUUAACAGUAAACUCGCGAUAGUUUCCGUUCUGUAUCUGUUCUGUACAUAUAGGAGCAGUGCCGUUUUACUAUUCGCGCUGAGGCUGUCGCUAUGUUUUAUACUGUCAAGCGCAUUCUUCCAAAAAGAUUGCAACUAUUCUCAGCGCUUAAACAUCGGUACUAUCUAUUACGUGUACAAUCCCGACUACCCUAACGUUUCCAAAGGUCGACAGUCUUGCAGGUGGAUCGCGGAGAGUGAUUAUCGAGUAAAACUGACAUGCAAGAUUUUCGACAUUCCGCAGAGCCCUAGUUGCAUCUUUGAAAGAUUGACUAUACACGUGAAUAAAUCCGUGGCUCUCUCUUAUUGCGGCAGUGACCCAUUCAGUAUAGAAUCGACUGGAAAAUUCAUGACCAUUGAAUUAUCGACCUCGUUUUGGUCGUCCGGAGUCAAAUUUCUGUGUGAACUACAAGCGGUCGAAGAUGAUCAGGAUUUGAGUUGCAAGUGUGGAUGGAAAAAGCCGACGAAGAUAGUGGGAGGCAACGAAACUGGCGUGAACGAAUAUCCUAUGAUGGCUGGUCUUGUCGAUCGUAAAAGAAGAGAAGUAUAUUGUGGAGGAUCAAUCGUGUCUCCGAAACAAGUAUUAACUGCCGCACAUUGCGUGGCCGAUAGAAACGUAAGCGAAGAUGUGGGAGUACUCGUAGGAGACCACGAUCUUACUACGGGUGUAGAAACAAAUGCUUCGGUAAUCUACACAGUAGCUGACUUUAAAAUACAUCCUCUUUACAACAGUUCAUCGCUGGAAAAUGAUAUAGCUAUACUAACAGUAAAUUCUACUAUAAACUUUAGCGAAGAAGUUGGACCGGCUUGUCUCCCAUUUCAACAUCGGUGGGAUUCUUUCGUGGGAAGUUAUGUGGACUUGUUGGGUUGGGGGACAGUGGAAUUCGGAGGUAUGAAAUCAAACACUUUGCAAAAAGUUAUGUUGAGCGUGAUCACGAAUCGAGAUUGUCGUCGAACUUAUGAAAACAUAACAUUUAACCAGAUGUGCACUUAUGGAGAGGAAAAAGAUGCCUGUCAGUUUGACAGUGGUGGUCCAGUCCUUUGGCAGAAUCCUUCGACGAAGCGAGAAGUUCUUGUAGGUAUCAUUAGUUUCGGGAUUGCUUGCGGCAAUAAUAAACCAGGAGUCAAUACGCGAGUCAGCAGUUAUAUCGAUUGGAUUCUAAGUGAAACACCGGGUACCAACUAUUGCAAAGUCGAAUAAAGAAAAAAGAAACGGA